CAUUUAUAGUGAUGUCUGAGAGGAGACGGCACCAGUGGCUCCUCUUCACACUGCGAGAAGAAUCGUCUCACUGCCGUCGUCUCGUGAAGUCAGAUCGUGUCGUCCUCAGAGGAGCCGUGUGACGCAGCCCAACAGCAUGAGUCUCCUUCGCAGGUCCUCAUCAUGGAGGAGGCCUGGAGAGCGAGGUUAUUAUGAGGGCCCUGUGGCGCAGGUGAAUGAGCCCCGUCGCAGAGCUCGUCCACAGAGCUGCAUAGAAGGUGGCAGGAUGGACAAAUGGCUUCAGACACUAGAAUCACGUCCUCUUCAGAAGAAAACACCUCAGUUUGCGGACAGGACCUGUUCAACACCGGUUCUCCCAAAUGAGAUGACGGGAAGUUCCCCACUCUGUCCUGACCUCUCCUCUCUCGGCAGGAGGAAUCAGAGCUCUGUUUGUGAGAGCCUGGAGUCUAAAGCAAUGAGCAAUGUUCACAUUAAACCUGCUCCCGGUGCAGAAAGAGCUGAGUUCUGUGCCCUCGCUCCGGUUCACUUCGGCUGGCUGCCCAUACAAAGACAUGUGAUACUGACGGACAUCUCUAACAACAGCCAAGACAACAGCAGGUGCCAGCAGAAACUGAAGUCUCCCAUCACUCCAGUGUUGCUCAGCACUCCUGAUAAACGUAAUGGACCAAGACCAAAUGAACGGGAAUCUGUGAGACCUGAACCUGCAGGCUUUAGAUACUGGAGGACACCUGAUAAAACAUCCAUCCUCCAUCAGGCUUCGUUAUCCGCGAGCUCCGAGGGAGGACGAAAUGGACUGCAGGCCUGGAAUCCUAAAGCCAGUUUUACCAGCAAGGUGGAAACGGGCCAGUCUCCCCCUCAUCCCGACCACCCCGCAUUAAAAGAUCCCACAUGCAGACGUGGAAGUGCACCAGAGUCAUUGAGCUCUUCAAUAUCAUCCAUCACCAUCACUUCCAAGAAGGUCACACACACUUCAAGUCUUCCCAAAUCCGGGCACCUGAGCUCGAUGGCGACUAAUAACCCUGCCGCCGAACGAAGAAAAGCCUUAGUGGUCAAAGUCACCGAACAGCGGAUGAAAAGCACCAGCAGCCAGAACCUCGCUCUGACCCCCGGCUGUAAUCAUGAGGAGAUUGACCACGGCGUGGUACUGAGGAGAAAGGCAACUAUUGUGAAAAUGACAGAACAGAGAGAGCAUUUCAAUCGAGAAAAGCCCAACAGGCACAGCUACUCUGAAGGACUCGAUACCAGUGAAUCUAAAGUCCAUCCCUCGCCAUUAAACCCAGUAUCUUUAGAGCCAGGCAGAAACCAAUGGAGGUCCCAGCACAGAUCCAGCCUGUCUCUUUACCUCAACAAGCACAGCACCACAGAAGAGGAGACCAAGCCACUUCGAAGGCCUCUCAGCUGUGACGCAAGCUGGUUUAACCACACAGAACAUGGUGCUAAUGCAGUUACAGAUCCAGCAUUUCACAACAAGAGCUCUCCUGUUGCCCAGAAGACAAAUAUUGACCUUGUUAGUUCCAGCAGCUCUGAAGCAAGAAGGCGCUCGACCUCCAGGAGCUUAAUGAAGGAGGGAUUUGAGUGGGAUGGAGCGUUUGAGGAACCUGUUUCAGAAAUGAAACCUCUCACGCUCCUGAAAGUGUCAGAGAACUCGCCUCAUCUCAACGCAGACGCUGUCCUGGCCCUGAACGCUGCUGCGGUUAUCGCCAACAUAAAGCUGCAGGCCCAGCACAGACAGAAGGAUGAGCAGACACAGACUACAUCCCACACCAAAACAGCAGUGUCUUUACCUGAGGAUAGAGGGAAUAAUGAAGAGGCUGCUGGCGCUGAUGGGAAGAACAAAAUGCCUCCAGCAAGUCCAUGUGUUGCGGUUGUUCCGGUUGAGUCCCAAAAUGUUCCUACUGAAACGGCAUUGUCACUUAGCGAAGCUUUAGCGAUGAGACGGCCUGAUUUCAUCCAGCGCUCACAGGCCAGAGUCCGAGCCCUGGAGUGGAGGUCGCAGGAGAGGCAGAAAGCCCAGAUCUCCCCCCAGAGCCCCGAGCGAGAAAGCCUUUUGAAAUCCAAAGACAGAAGCAUCACGGGAAAGGGUCUACAGCUGUGGUCCAGAAGGAAUUAUAACCAGCUCCCUGAAGUGAGGAAGAGGAGAGAGGAAGAAAAGAGAAAACAAGACGAAGAGAAAAGGAAACUGGCAUCUCGGACCAACAGGCUGCGGGCAGAGAUCUUUAAGAAGAAACUUCUGGAGCAGAUUUUGCAGAGAGGAGGAAAUCACUGACACCGCCUUGGACUCGUGUUUCUUCUCACUCCACAGUUCUCAAACCGGCCCUCGAGAAAUAUGACAUGACAACGGUUAUUAAUGUUAUGGAAUAGAUCCUUCCAGAAUAAAAGUGCCUAUUCCCUCUACACACUACGGGUCAAAAGUGUGGAAUAAGUACGAUUUCGACUUCUUAAUGUUUUUUAAAGAAGUGCAUUUGUUUGAU